AUGCAAUCUAUUCUAUUUGAAUGUUUGCCCUUUUCCGACAUGGGGUUUUCCCUGCUCUUGUUAUUUGGGUUGGUUGGACUGGCGGUUGCACCACCACCUCAACGAGUCCAGGUUGAGCAUCAGGCGACUCAGGGGAGACAGGAGCCUAGCCCGAACAAUGCUCAAGCACAGCAAGGAACUCCGAAUGAAACAGGACAGAAACCGGUUCGUCUACUGGUUCCACGCCUGAGUUUUUCGUUAUAUCAAUUCACAUACUCCAAAUACCUCGAAGAAGUGGUCAAGAUCCUCGAAAGUGAUCCGAAAUUCUCUGAGAAACUUCGAGGAAUGCCAGAAGCUGACAUAAAGUCGGGAAAAAUAGCAGAUCAUAUUGAUGAUCUCGAUAGCCAUGUAUUCGACAAGCUGACUAAAGCAAAACUCGAUGAGCUUGAACGACUUCGAGAUCAAAUCCAAAAGCAGAUUGAGGCAGAUGGCGGAGCACAUAAUGUCAAAAUGCCAGAGCAUCUCGAUGCUACGAAUUGGGAAAAGUUUGGAAAGGAAGAUUUGAGGAAAUUGAUCACUCGAGUGAGUUUUUGUUUACUGGGACAGCAAAUGUUACAAAUAGACCCUCAUGCAGCCAUAGAGUACACUGCAUCAGGACGAGUUGAACGUACCCGCACAGUGCAAGAUAUGGAAGAAAUGGACAAACAACGUCAACAAGAAUUCAAGGAGUACGAAAUGCGUAAGAAGGCCGAAGAAGACCAUAAACUUGCUCAGAUGGAAGGACAAGUAUGUUCUAGCUCUCAUUUCCGCUCUAUACGAUCUUGUGAUCAUGAUCUGUGUUUGCAGCAACGAGCCAACGCCAUGCAUGAGGCUGAGGAAGCGAAAAAACGACAUAACGAGCAUGAAAAAUUGAAACAUCCGGGAAGUCGCGAUCAGCUUGAAGAAGUUUGGGAAGAAACGGAUCAUGAUGGCAUUGUUGCCGUCAAGUACGUUUUGUUUUCGCCUGCUAUAGUCCAAUUUUUUGCGUCUUUCGAAGGUACCCUCUAUUUUGCAACUUUUAAGCUGCCGGAAAUAAAUCAUGAGACGUUAGGAUUCGGACAAUCAGCUUCACAACAUUAUCUAAUAACUCAACCGCAGUUCUUCAAUUUGUCAUUUCCUGUAAUGAUUGAUCAAAUGGAUAAAGACAACUUCGACCCACGAACAUUCUUUGCUCUUCAUGAUUUGAAUGGUGAUGGGUACUGGAACGCUGAUGAGUUGGAAGCCCUGUUCCAGAAGGAGCUCGAAAAACUCUACAACGAAACCGAUCCCGAUGAUGAUCCUCGUGAACGGAUGGAAGAAAUGUAUCGAAUGCGAGAGCAUGUGACGAAGCAGAUGGAUAAAAAUGGAGACCGUCUAAUUUCACUUGAGGAAUUUCUCAAGGAUACUGAGGCACAAACCCCUAAUGAUGAUCCCGGUUGGAAGGACCUUGGUGACCAGCAGGUUUACACCGACGAGGAACUGCAGCAAUUCGAGAAGGAAUAUGCGCAGAAACAAGGAUGGGGAGAACAUGCCUAUGAAAUAACCACUACAGCACUUCCACCCGUACAAGCACAACAAUUCCACCAGCAGCAACCACAGCAAGUGAAUCCGCAACAGGGUCAAAUACCUCAGCAGCCACCGCAGUAUCAACAACAGCAGCAGCAACAACAACAACAAUAUCAACAGCAGCAGGUCCCACAACAGCAGCAGGUACCACAGCAGCAGGUUCCACAACAACAGGUCCCGCAGCAGCAACAACAACAGGUUCCACAGCAGCAACAGUUUGCAUUUUCGUCAGCAGUUACGGAUACGUUGCAUGAAUUGUAA